CCGCAUUGUUGCUGCUUUCUUGUUGGAGGUGGCGCUGCAAGAGAUCGGCGGUGUUGGUCGAGAAUUUGGCUGUCAAUCGGCGGGCGUUGGGGUGAAUCGCUUUGUAGGCCGGAGAAGUGUGUGCAUCACUUCCGUAACUGAAUUGAUAUUCACUGUCAUGGCCAACUGAUGAAAAACAAUUCGAAUUCGUUGGGGCUGUAUCUUUGUCUUCACCAGAGCAUGUCUUGUCUGUGUUUGAUACUUCAUUCCCGCAAUAACAUUUUAUAUAAUAUUCACCAUAACCUUCAAAAGGGCAAUCCAAAAGGAAAUAAUCCCUUGAAUAAUCAAAGCAAUAAUCAUUGCAUUCUUGCGCCUGAUCUUCGUUCCCAAUAGAUGUCUCAGAUGCCA